UGUUGUUGAUAUCUCGAUGAACCUAUAUCAGCCAUUUAGUUCUUAUUGUUUACUUCACAAUUAUUAUUUUAAAAGAUAAAUACGAUCUAUAUCGAGCGCGAGAACAUACAGUAACUGAGUAGGGAUUGGACUGCGACCGGAAAACAAGUAUGGGGGUGUGUAUCGCACUUUUAACCUUAGCUCUGGCUGCUGAUGCUAGCCCUGCCGCAGGGGAGGUUUCAGAGGUAGUUGACAACCGUCAUAAGGACAUCUACAAUAUGACGUAUGGAGAGGUCGCCAAGGCACGAGUAUGGCCUGAGUUCCAGAACUUACACGCGUCGACCAAUGAAUGGCUGCUCAAACCAGACACUGAAAUAAACCCUGACAACAACGAGCUCAAGCAUUACCGCAAGGCUCUGGAAGCAACGCGGGACUAUUUUGAUCUGUUUGCCUUCGCCUAUCCGUAUGAGGUGAUGGAAGGUCAAGACGCCUAUAGAAUGAUACACAAACAUAUCAAAAACAUCCAUCACGACACAGGUGAGAUGAAAGACGGGCGACGAAUGGCGAUUGGGGAAGAAGAAGAGCGUAUCUUACGCGAUAAGAUUUCAGAUGAACUAACAGCAUUCUCCAAGGGCAUGAACACCACCAGAUGGCAAAAGUACUUAUCCCGCCCCUUGGAACACCGUAUGUACCGGCGGUCGCACUACGAGUUGAGUGCGAUCUUUUGGCAGAGCAUGCCUGAUGAGAUACCCAGUGAAACCCUCACUGGCAUGCAGAACAUAGCUGCCAUGAAUCAGGUGUACAUGCGCACGGCGGCCAACAAUUGGAUUGCGGUGAAGGAUUGGUCGGUGGAAGAUUUGGGGAGAAGGUUUGUCGAGGUGCACGAUGUGCGAAAGCUGGUGCGUGCCUUCAAUUUCACUCAAGGAUUCUUCCCCGAAAUAUGGAAGGAUCCCGCCGAAGGCAAAGCGUUGAUGGUGGAAGCCCUCGACUUUUACGAUCAUUAUACCCAGCUGAAGAACCCCUUGGAGCUGUACACGCACUUCAGGUCAAAAGGCAAAACAGACAAAGCCAACGAACAGAAAGGACUCAUGAACGAGCAAUGGAUAAAACUCACGCAAUGGCAACAAUCGCUACCGAAGAAGAAGCGGUUCUCGCAACUGUGCGAGCAGAUGGUGAACAGCAUGAUCGACGUACCCGAGGUAAAAGUUGACUCUGGGCUUCCGAGCUGGGCGUGGGGUCUGAUUUCGCUGUUUGUCGUCUUGGCGGCAGGUGCAAUGGUCAUUGGCUGCUAUAAAUCGGUGCAAUCUGACUGGAGUAGAGGCGGCGGUUACGAGUCUAUCGAGUAGUUACGCCGCAUGAUGCUCAGAAUUUACUCUUGGGCCUGGAAAACGACCUCGUGAUCAGUGUUUUACUUUGCUGAGGCGAUUUUAAUGUGUAAUGUUUAUACGAGAGAGUAGCACAAAUGUGAGAAAACUCUGAUCUGCUGCAAAGAAAGGUUGGAAGGGUGCCAAUGACCUAUAUACUCCUGAUUGCACCCUGAUAAACGAGCUCUGACAAGAUUUGGUAAAUGGCAAUUCAAUUGUGUG